GUAGGGGCGGGGCUGGGAGGCGGGACCCGACGGAGGAAGGCCGGGUGGAGGUCUGUGGUUGCUGGCUUGGAACGGGAUCCCCAGCUAGUGGUGAGAGUGCAACCCUGAGGCAAGCGGUGGCCAUGAGCGCCCUGGACGUGGCUCGCGUGGGCGCCUGUGUCCUGAAGCACGCGGUGACCGGGGAGGUCGUGGAGCUUCGGAGCCUGUGGCAGGAGCAGCCGUGCGUAGUGGCCGGUCUGCGGCGCUUUGGCUGUAUGGUGUGUCGCUGGAUCGCGAGGGACCUGAGCGGCCUCCAGGGGCUCCUGAAACAGCAUGGCGUGCGCCUAGUGGGCGUGGGGCCCGAGACCCUGGGCCUGCAGGAGUUCCUGGACGGCGGCUACUUCGGGGGAGAGUUGUACUUGGAUGAGAGCAAGCAGUUCUACAAGGAGCUGGGCUUCAAGCGCUACAACAGCUUGAGCAUCCUGCCAGCUGCCCUGGGGAAGCCUGUCCGAGAUGUGGCCACCAAGGCAAAGGCUGUGGGCAUUCAGGGGAACCUGUCUGGGGACCUGCUGCAGAGUGGGGGUCUGCUGGUGGUCAGCAAAGGUGGGGAUCAAGUGCUGCUCCACUUCAUCCAGAAGUCCCCAGGUGACUAUGUCUCCCAAGAACGGGUGCUGCAGGUGUUGGGCAUCUCUGCAGAGGUUGGUGCCAGCCUGCCCCCUCAGUGUGAUGAAGAGGCUUGCAUGAAGUGAAGGCCCGAAUCUCUCUGGGUCUGGGCAGUGUACCAGUACUGGAUUUGCAGAACUUUCUGGAAUCUCUGGCCUGGGCCUCCAAACUCCCCUGUCCCUGGUCUCAUGGUCUGGGAGGUGGCACAGUAGAUAAAGCAUUAGACUCUCAAGCAUGAGGUUCUGAGUUCAAUCCCUGUCAGCACAUGUACCAGAGUGAUGUCUGGCUCUUUCUCCUCCCAUAUUUCUCAUUAAUAAAUAAAAUCUUUUAAGGAAAAAAA